UUACCUACCUCAUCUCCUUACUGUUUUUAUUUAUUUACUUUUCUGCUCUUUUGCACACCAAUAUCUCUACUUGCACAUGAUCAUCUGAUGAUUUAUCACUCCAGUGUUAAUCUGCUAAAUUGUAAUUAUUCGCUCCUAUGGCCUAUUUAUUGCCAACCUCCUCAUGCCUUUUGCACACAUUGUAUAUAGAUUCUCUUUUUUUUCUACCAUGUUAUUGACUUGUUUAUUGUUUACUCCAUGUGUAACUCUGUGUUGUUGUCUGUUCACACUGCUAUGCUUUAUCUUGGCCAGGUCGCAGUUGUAAAUGAGAACUUGUUCUCAACUAGCCUACCUGGUUAAGUAAAGGUGAAAUAAAUAAAAAAUAAAAUAAAAUGUAUUGACAUCUCUUUCUUCCUCAGCUAAAAGAACAUUCAAUUUAUUCACAAGCUCAUCUUUAAAACAUUUUUUGCUUCUUUAGUUCAUUACUGCAGUAAUAGAUCUUACUUUGACGUUAAAUAUUUCCCAGUUACUUCCAUGCGUUGAUUCUAAAUCAUUCGAGUUAAACGAGUCUAUGAUCAAGUUCUUCAGUUCUUUAUGCUCUUGUACAUACUGUAAAAGUAGGGGAUAAAUGAGAAACAGAUCACUUCUGAAUUUGACUGUCAUGGACAUAUUACACCAGGUGUAUUCGUUACAUUUUGUACUUAAGAAGAGCCAUGUAUCGAUCACUGCGAGUUUCACUGCAAAAUGAGAUGUCACUAUUCUGAGCUCGUUUUAGCUAUUCCUAGGUGGAAGUUUAUCGAGCGUCGUGUUUUCACAGCAUGGAUCAGAGAUGAGACGUCCGCUCUGUGUGUGAUUAGCCAUCCUUAAAGCGGCUCCUUCGUGGGUUGCUAGGCAACAGGAAAGUCUCUCUCUCUGGGACGGUUAGCAUCACUGACGAAUGGAAAGCAACUGGAAACGGGGACAAUAACAUUAGCAACACUCUCGAAGUUGAGAAGUUUAUCAGGAAAACAUGGCUGACACAGAUCCCGUUUGUUUAGCUUCACUGGUUUACUUCAUGGGCGAGAAGUUCUACAGGCAGUCCAUACACACAGCUGAGUACUACCUGAAGACGUACCACGAUGAUCCUGUACUGCUCUUUUUUAAAGGCUUUGGGAUACUAAUGGAAGGUCGAACCCAGGAGGCCAUGAGAGAGCUGGAGCAGGUGAAGGACAAACCGACUGUGGCCAUAUGUUCCCGCAUGGCUCUUAUCUGUGCACACAAGCAAAGUGACAUGAUUGAUGACGAGGCUGUGUCAGCGCUGAAGACCCACGUGAGGAAUAUCCGUAAGACAGCAGGAGAGCAGCCCCUGUUCUACGGAGCCCUGUUCCUGUGGCUCACGGGCCACGUUGACAAGGCCAAAGACUACAUUGACAAGAUCCUGAAGAUAUCCAAGUCCUCAAAAGAGGGGUCCAUCCUGAAGGGCUGGGUGGAUAUGAACUCAGAGGAUGAGUUUCAGAGGAACAACGCUAUCUGCUACCUGGAUGGAGGAGGGCAGCACUCCAGGGAUGUGUUCGGCAUGAUGGGAAAGGCCAAGUACUUCAUGAACAAGCAUAACUUCACUGGAUCCCAGCAGGUGGUGAAUCAGAUAGUGACCUCCCACUCAGACUUCCUCCCUGGUCUGAUGCUGAAGAUGAAGCUGUUCCUGGCUCUACAGGACUGGGAGCAGGCCCUGGAUACAGCUGCUAGGAUUUUACAACAAGAUGGGCGGAAUCUGAAAGCUAUCCAAGUUCUCGCCAUCCAUACCAUUGUGAGGGAUGGGGAUCUGGUCAAGGCCAAGGAACAUCUGCAGGCCCUGGUUAGUGCAGCAGAGGUCUCCGAGCCCUGCUCUCCCAGUCUCCACGUCAGUCUCACCCAGCCCAUCAGCAGACUGUGUGGAGGCAACCCAGACAUCCUCCAGCUGCUGACUCCAUUUACAGAGAGGGCGUACUCUAAAGGCCCCGGGAAUGCUGAUGUGGCCAAUGAGAUGGGCUACCUUCUGUCCCUACAGAAGAAGACUAAGGAGGCCACCAGGUGGUACUCUGCUGCUCUCAACCUUGACACCAGCAGUGUCCCAGCCCUGGCAGGACUGAUCCGCUGCCAGCUGAUGGACGGACAGCUACAGGAAGCAGCCAAUCAGCUAGAGUUUCUCAGAGAGAUCCACCAGUCCAUUGGCCAGUCAGCGGAGCUGGUCCUUCUGCAGGCUCUCCUGCUCCACAAGAGAGGAGCGGGGCUGGCCGUGAUCUCACCCUUACUGAAGGAGGCCACCGACCUUCACUUCCUGGACCUGCGAGGGCGACCAAUGGGACCAGACUACUUCCACAGGCUCCAUCCUGACUUUAUUUUCCAAGUGGUCAACCUCUACCUUUCCUUCUUCCAGGAGAAACCCCUGACGGCAGGUCAGCCCGUCCCCUUUGGCCUGAGUCACUCUGGAAUGGUCCUGCAGCCUGUGGUCAAGAUGGCCCCCGGCCUGCUGCCUGGAGCCUACCACAUGGCCCAUGUCACGUUCCUUUCAGGUGACAGCCAGUCAGCUCAGCAGUUCCUGGAUUUCUGUCUGGAGAGAGACCCGACCAUCGCUGAGGUCCACCUGCUGCAGUCCAGAAUACACCUCCAUGAGGGAGACUACAACCUCUGCUUUCAGUCUCUGGAGACUGGAGUCAGCCACAACUUCCAGGUGCUAGAUUUCGCCCAGUACCACCAACUAAAGGCCCGUGCAUUGCGGGGUGUUGGGAAGCUGGAAGAGGCUAUCAAGUCCCUGAAGAUGGCGAUGGGGAUCCACGCAGCGAGUGUGAGAGAGUCCCACGUCAGCAACAGGGAACGUGUUUCUGUGUUCCUGGAGCUAGCUGAGGCACUGAGACUACACGGAGAACCGCAUGAGUCCACCAUGGUGCUGCAGGACGCUAUCGCGGCGUUCGCUGGUACCCCCGAGGAGAUCUGUGUGACAAUAGCUAACGUGGACAUGGCUUUGGCUAAAGAUGACCUGGACACAGCCCUCAGCGUCCUCCGAGGCGUCACACCGGACCAGACACACUACACAGCGGCCAAGGAGAAGAUGGCUCUCAUAUACCUGCAGAGACGCAAAGACAAGAAGCUGUACAUAGCCUGCUAUAGGGAGAUCAGAGAUGAACUACCCGGGCCUCAGUCCUCUAUCCUUCUGGGGGACGCCUACAUCAACAUACAAGAGCCAGAGAGAGCUGUUGAGGUGUAUCAAGAGGCAUUGAGAGGGACGGCUCGGGACGCAACCCUGUGGAGAAAGAUGGGCCAAGCCCAUGUGAAGACCCAUCAGUACAACCAGGCUGUCCGUCACUAUGAGAGUGCAGUGAAGCUGGGCGGUCAUGACUCUCUGGUGGUGGACCUGGUAGAGCUGCUACUGAAGCUGCGUCAGUAUGGCAAGGCCCAGAGGACUCUGAUGACCGCUCUGCACUGUGAUGAUGGUACACUGACCGUCUCCAGCCUGAUGAGCAACGUACAGUACUUUCUGCUGCUAGCCAGAGCACACUAUGCUGACCAGGGAUCGGUCCAGGACACACUAGAGAAGGCCCACAGUGUCCAGGAGCGUGUCCAGGAGCGGUGUCAGACAGAGCGCCCAGAGCUGCUGGAACAGGAGAGAACCGUGCUGUGUUCCAUCUGUUGUCAGCUGGCCAGACACUACCGUACCAGGACCGAUGUAGACAGGACCAAGUAUUACUAUAACCAGGCUAUAGUAGCCAUCGGGAGGACAGACUACAAGAUCAGUCUGGAGUUGGCCCAGUUCUACCUGGAGAAUGGGAAGACGGAUGAAGCCAUGAUGCAGGUUGAGGAGGUGCUGGGAAGGGAUGCCCUCCUCCCUGACGCCACAAUGGUGUACGGAGAUAUCAAGUUGAAGGAGGAGAAGUUUGAGGAGUCUGUGGAGAUAUACCUUGGACUGAUGGGCAGAUGCCCAGAUAACUUCGUGUUCCUGGCCAAGUGUAUCCAGGUGCUGAGAUGGUCAGCCAGACUAGAUGACGCCCUGGCCCUGUUUCAAGCCUGUGAGCACCACAACCACGGAGCUACCACUGAGCCUGGAUACAACUACUGUAAAGGCCUUUACUACUGGCAUGUAUACAGGGUGAGUGAGGCUCUGUUCCAUCUGAACAAGGCCCGGCGGGACAACGAGUGGGGAGAUCAGGCUUUGGAGCUCAUGAUCCGCAUCUGUCUCAACCCAGACAACGAGGUCAUCGGAGGGGAGGUGUUUGAGACACCACAGGAGGAGUGGAGUAUGAGCCAGCUGGGCGGGGCUGAGCACAGGGAGCAGGUGGGCGUGGCCACGGCCCAGAACCUGGUGAAGGAGUUCCGCCCACGUCAGGGGUCAGACGGAGGUCGGCGGUCAGACAGAAUAACCUUGCUGGUCAACCUCUGCUUCAUGGCCACCAGAGACCCCAAACACAUCCAGAGAGCCCUGCAGGUCUUCACUGAGCUGGCCUCUACUAAGGUCAACAACGUUCCCUACCUGCUGGCGAUGGGCCAGGCCUUCAUGCUGCUAAAACAAACUCCUCGGGCCAGGAACCAGCUCAAGAGGCUCACCAAGGUGGAGUGGAGCUGGGAGCUUUCAGAGUCCCUGGAGACGGCCUGGUUGCUGCUGGCUGAUGUUUACAUCAAGUCGGGGAAGUAUGAUGUCGCCUGUGACCUACUGCACCGGUGUGUUAAAUACAACCAGUCGUGCAGCAGAGCGUAUGAGUACAUGGGCUACAUCAGGGAGAAGGAACAGUCGUACCAUGAUGCAUCAGUGUUCUACGGUCACGCCUGGCUCUACACGAACAGAGUCAACCCCAGCAUGGGUUUCAGACUGGCCUUCAACUACCUGAAGUUCAAGCAGUACAACGAGGCCAUCGAGGUUUGUCACAAGGUCCUCACAGAGCACCCAGACUACCCUCUGAUACAGACAGAGGUGCUAGAGAGGGCCCGCUCUGCUCUCCGACCCUGAGGCCUGGGAUUAAACCCUCCAUGUCUCUGACCACUAGAGACCUGGAAUGUACGGACGUGGCACUCGCUCCAAGGAACUCUGGGGAACUUUGUCUUUAUCAAAACAAAUGCUUUGUUCUAGGUAUACUGCUCUUGAGAUGUGCAAAUACUACGGCUACUUUUAUUCAUAGGUUUUUUUUUUCUCCGUUGGAAUUUUAAAACAUUUUAACGUGUUCUGUAAUGUAAAAUUCUCUGUUUGAAUGUUUAUACAGUGCUUUAGGAAAGUAUUCAGACCCUUUGACUUUUUUCCACACUUUGUUACGUUUCAACAUUAUUCUAAAAUGGAUUACGUUUGUUUUUUUUCCUCAUCAAUCUACACACACUACGCCAUAAUGACAAAGCAAAAACAGAUUUGUAGAAUUUUUAAAAUAAAAUAAACAUUUACAUAAGUAUUCAGACCCUUUACUCAGUACUUUGUUGAAGCACCUUUGGCAGCGAUUACAGCCUUGAGUCUUCUUGGGUAUGACGCUACAAGCUUGGCACACCUGUAUUUGGGGAGUUUCUCCCAUUCUUCUCUGCAGAUCCUCUCAAGCUCUGUCAGGUUGGAUGGGGAGCGUCGCUGCACAGCUAUUUUCAGGUCUCUCCAGAGAUGUUUGAUCGGGUUCAUGUCCAGGCUCUGGCUGGGCCGCUCAAGGACAUUCAGAGACUUGUCCCAAAGCCACUCCUGCGUUGACUUGGCUGUGUGCUUAGGGUCGUUUUCCUAUUGCUUAAAAACAUCCCCUCACCAUGAUGCUGCCACCACCAUGCUUCACCGUAGGGAUGGUGCCAAGUUUCCUCCAGACGUGACACUUGGCAUUCAGGCCAAAGAGUUUAAUCUUAGUUUCAUCAGACCAGAGAAUCUUGUUUCUCAUGGUCUGAGAGUCCUUUGGGUGUCUUUUGGCAAACUCCAAGUGCCUUUUACUGAGGAGUGACUUCCGUCUGGCCACUCUACCAUAAAGGCCUGAUUGGUGGAGUGCUGCAGAGAUGGUUGUCCUUCUGGAAGGUUCUCCCAUCUCCACAGAGGAACUCUGGAGCUCUGUCAGAGUGACCAUCGGGUUCUUGGUCACCUCCCUGACCAAGACCCUUCUCCCCCGAUUGCUCAGUUUGGCCGGGCGGCAGCUCUAGGAAGACUCUUAAUGGUUCCAAACUUCUUCAAUUUAAGACUGAUGGAGGCCACUGUGUUCUUGGGGACCUUCAACGCUGCAGAAAUGUUUUGGUACCCUUCCCCAGAUCUGUGCCUCGACGCAAUCCUGUCUCGGAGCUCUACGGAGAAUUCCUUCGAUCUCAUGGUUUGGUUUUUGUUCUGACAUGCACUGUCAACUGUGGGACCUUCUAUAGACAGGUGUGUGCCUUUCCAAAUCAUGUCCAAUCAAUUGAAUUUAUCACAGGUGGACUCCAAGAAACACCUCAGCGAUGAUCAAUGGAGACAGGAUGCUCCUGCUAUUAGACUUCUCAGUUUAGAGUCUCAUAGCAAAAGGGACUGAUUACUAAUGUAAAUAAGGUAUUUGUUUUUUAUUUUUAAUAAAAUUGCAAACAUUUAAAAAAAAAAAAACUGUUUUCACUUUGUCAUUAUGUGGUAUUGUAUGUAGAUUGAUGAGGAGAAAAAAUUAUUUCAUUCAUUUUAUAAUAAGGCUGUAAUGUAACAAAAUGUGGAAAAGGGCAAGGGGUCUGAAUACUUUCCCAAUGCAGAACCACUUGCACAGAUGGGUCUUCCACUAUUGAAACAUAUAUUUAUUUCAUAUAUAUAAUAGGUAUAUUUAUUGGGUUCUUUAAAGGCCUUAUGAUUGCAUUCAUAUCAGAAUAAAUUUUUUAAAUAAUAAAGAAUGAAUUCUAAAGGUUGGUGUGUCGAUCGCUAAAGGUUUGCAGUCUGUGCUUCAGUGGCCCUAUGCUGUUUAUCAGACUGAUAUGUAACUGUGGUAUUGAUUCAGUGUUGUGGUUCUGACUGUGUGUGUCUCUCAGUGAUCUGUGCCUCCCCUACGACAGGCUGGCGGUGGGAGGUGGGAGGACAUGAUGCUAGGCACAACACAUG